AUGAUUUCAAUUUUUAUUAUUAGUUUUGGUUUAUUAUUAUCUUCAUCAAUAAUAUUAUCAGAUGAUUAUUUGGAAAAUAUAUCUGUUAAUACAGGUGAAACAGCUACAUUUAUAUGUGAUUUACCAGAAAAAUAUUCUAACAAAAAAGCGGAUUUCUAUGGACCCACGGGACGUUUAUUAAUAACCAAAACUAACGAAGAUAUUGUUGCAAGUGGUGAUCGAACACGAUUUAUACUUGAACAUACAUAUGCAUGGACUUGGUCUUUGAUUUUAUCUGAUGUAUCAGAUGAUGAUGCAGGAGAAUACACGUGUCGUAUUUCAUCUUCAUCUGAUGAUCAGACAUUGACAAUCAUCAAACGAUUUAAUUUAACCGUUUUGACACCACCAAAAAUAAUUGAUAUUAUAAUUGAAUCAAAUAACAAUGAAAUACUUAAAGAAAAUGAACAAAUUAUUUUAAAAUGUUUAGCUCGAGGAAUACCACAACCAAAAAUUAUUUGGCAACUACCAGGAAAAUCGUUUCAAUUAAAUAAACGAAAUGAUGGCAAUAUAAUUGCUUAUGAAAAUAAAUUACUUAUUAAAAAUCUUUCACGUACAACACCAAUUGAUUAUCAAUGUAUUGCUGAUAAUGGAAUACCACCACGAGAUACACGUACAAAACGUUUAUUUCCAUCGAUUUCACCUGAAAUGACAAUUCAAUCAUCAAUAAUAUCAUCUCAUAUAAUACUUAAUUGUACAAUUAUAGCUCGUCCAUUAAAUUCAGCUAAAUGGAAACGAAAUCGUUUUGAAAUAAAUACUAUAAAACGUAAACAAAUAAAUGAUUAUACAGUUGAACUUAUACUUUUAUUAGAUACAAAUACAAAUAUAUUUGGAAUGUAUGAAUGUGAAGCUGAAAAUCACUUUAAAGUUUCAAAAGCAUAUAUAAAUAUUGAUGAAACAAUUUUAUUCAAUAGAACAACAACUAUAUUACCAAAAUAUCACCGAGCAUCAUCAUCAUCAUCAUCAUACGCACAAAUUGAACUUCUACUUAAUCAAACAUCAAUUUGUACAUAUAAUUUUUAUAUUAUUUUGUUUAUUAAUAUUAUUCUUGUUAAUUAUUCAAAUGGAUUUUAUAAUAAACGAUGA